UCCUAGAUUUUAUGAUUACCACCGUUUCAACUCGUUCAAUUGCAUUAUUCUUUUCUAAUGACGGAGUUGUUCAUGUCAAUAAUAUCCACCAUCAUAGUCAUGACAACGGCAGGAAUAAGGUUUUUGUUGACAUUAAUCCUAAAAAUAUCAAAGAAUUUCGGCACAUUUACAUUGCUAAAGAUGAUGAAGAUAACAAUAAUAAUUUUGAAAAAUACUCUGUGAAGUACACGAAAGAAUGGAAUUAUAUAUAUCUUCAUAAUGAGAAAGAAAACAAGUACUACUAUGUUGCAACAGUACUGGAUUCCGUUUAUCUUUGCAGUAUUAUAGAAUCCAAAGACAAAGACCCACAUGCAGAAGAACAGGAACGGAAUAAUUCAUCACAAAGAAAGAAACCGGAAGAUAACACAAUCUCAAAUAUGGAAAAUGUAAUCCACGGAUUGGGAAUAACUGAUGAGUGUCAAGUCAAAGAUUGUAACAAAUUGAGUCAAAGGAUUAUCGAAAAAGCACUUGAUGAUCUCAGUAAUGAAGACCAAAAAAUCGCAGGUGGAAGCAAAAAAAGUAAUGGCGACCAAAAAAUCGCAGGUGGAACCGAAAAAAGUAAUGACGACCUAAAAAUCGCAGGUGGAACCGAAAACCCCAAAAUAACGAAAAUAGAUAAAUUUAAAAAUAAAUUUAUAGGAAAAAUCAGUGUGCAGAAAAUCGAAAGUCCCAAUGUGCUCGUCGACAUACUUGACACAGGAUUUCUCAAUUAC